UUUAUCGAAUUCAUUGUACUUUGCUUAUCACAGUUUACUAGUAACUUCGUAUCAGUGAUAACGUGUUCUGAAUACAGUAACACAAAAAUGUCUCAGCCUACGGGGUAUAUUCCUCCACAGAGCUUCGGGGAAGAUGGCCACAUGCAAGGCUUUGACUUCACUGAACAGAGUAUACGAAGAGGUUUUAUACGAAAGGUGUACUCUAUCCUUAUGUGCCAGUUAUUGAUUACGAUGGGCUUCAUAGCGUUAUUCCUCUUCCACGAACCCACAAAACGAUGGGUAUCCCAAAAUAAUUAUUUGUUAUGGGUGGCCAUAGUGAUUGUCUUUGUGUGUUUAAUUGCAAUGGCUUGUUGUCCGGACAUACGCCGCACCGCGCCAACCAACUUCAUCUUCCUGUUUGUAUUCACGCUGGCGCAGAGCUUCAUGCUUGGCGUGGUUACCAGUAUCUACAGCGUCUCUGAAGUGAUGAUGGCUGUUGGUAUCACCGCGGGGGUUUGCUUGGCGCUGACACUGUUCGCCUUCCAGACGAAAUGGGACUUCACCAUGAUGGGAGGAGCUCUAGUGGCCGCUUCUAUGGUGUUGCUUCUCUUUGGAUUGAUCGCCAUCUUCCUGCCCAGUAACAGGAUACUGACAUUGGUUUACGCAUCGGCGGGGGCACUGCUGUUCUCUCUCUAUCUUGUCUAUGAUACACAACUUAUGAUAGGAGGCAAACACAAGUACAGCCUGUCACCUGAAGAAUAUAUCUUCGCAGCACUUAACCUUUACUUAGACAUCGUCAAUAUAUUCCUAUUCAUUCUGACAAUUAUGGGCUCGUCUAAAUAAAUCUAUAGUUCGUUAUAAUGAAUAACUAAAAAGCUUGUCAAUGUCAAACUUAUGUGAACAGUAAUGUAUAUUGUACUUUAUUAUAGUCAAACAAAGAUAUCUGUCCCGAUGAGAGAGGCGCUGCUAUCGCGGUAAGUUCGGUCAGAGAAUAUCACAUCUUUACAAGAACAAUGUGAUAUUUUUAAACUUUUCAAAAGAGCAAUUUUAAACAUUUAAGGGUUGAUAAAUUCUAAUUUCAUAAUGAACAGAAUUUUUUGCUUAUUUUCAGAAAGUACAGUAAUAACUGCAACAUUUUAUCAACGCUUAAAUAUAUAAUUCCUCUUCUAUAAAGUUGUGGUUUAAAAAAUAUCACGUUGUUCUUGUAAAUAGGCGAUAUGUUAAACCUACAUGGGCAUAGAUAAUAUCAUAAAAGUUAAAAACAUGACAUGACAGCUACAGUAUAAAACGAUUUUGUUAUAUUUUUUAUAUUAAAAGGAGGGCACUAAUGAGCUAUCGCAAUUUAUUUUUACUCGUGCCCACCUGGUCAGAUAUCCUUGUAAUUCCUAUAAUUUUCUAAAUAUUUGCGGAUAACAUUUUAUCGAGUAUUGUAACUAUGUUCUAUGAGUACAAUAUUACAGAUUAUAUAAUGACAAAAGACGUUUGUUUAUUAACAAA